AUGCUGUCCAUUACUCCACAAACAGUGACACCGUUCACUCCGCAUAGCAUCAAGGAGACUGAAGCCAGUGUUUCUGUCGAGGAAAUACACUGGGCCUUUGAAAACUCGCCCUAUGGCAUUCUUAAUGAUGCCCUUCAGUUUCCCGAUGAAGACCAGCGCUUCUGGUGGGGGGUAGUGGCUCCAACCAUUCAAGAACUCAUGACAAAAUCCGAGUAUGACAUCGCUCAUCAAUACCAGCACUUGAUCUUCAUUUAUCGAUACAUACUGCCCGGACUGGGUCCACGCCCCAAGCCAGAUGGUCAGCCUCACUGGCACUCAUUCAUGACCGACGACUUCACUCCCCUCGAGAUCAGUGUCAACUUCCAUGCGGGCAAAGCUACCGUUCGCUUCGGCUUUGAGCCAAUUUCUGAUCUGGCCGGCACUGAAAAGGAUCCCGCGAACCGGCAAGCAAGUGAAGUCUUCCUGGGCAAACUUAAGAAUGACGUUCCUCUGGGGGUCAACCUGGGCUGGUAUCAGCACUUCGCCCAUGAAUUGUUAGUCGCCCCGGAGAACCUGCCAGCCGUCUUGGCCAAGUUCCCAUCCGAUGAGCACCAGACUCAGAACAUGUUCGCCUUUGGCUUCCGCGCAGGCCAAGCCCCGAUGCAGGCAUAUAUCAUGCCAUUGCUCAAAUCGGCCGAGACGGGCAUUUCCCCAAACCGCUUGAUCUUCGAUUCUAUUCUGAAGCUCGACCGCGUGGAUGCUCCACUUGCUCCAGCCCUAGGCCUUAUCGAGGCAUACAUGGCAUCACACCCAGAAGUGCGGUCAGAAGCCGUGGCCUUCGACUGCAUGGACCCACGCGACUCGCGCAUUAAGCUCUACCUGCGGGCACCACACACCUCCCUAAGCCAGGUACUCGACGUCUAUACACUGGGAGGUCGACUCAAGGACGAAGCUACCGUCGCUGGCAUCGAAAUCCUUCGUCAGCUUUGGCCUCUUUUGCUGGAUGUACCUGCGGACUACAAGGAGGAGGAUCCCUUGCCAACCAAGAAUCACCGCACUGCGGGAUUCCUCUACAAUAUUAAUCUCCGCCCGGGCAAGACAUACCCAGAACCCCAGGUGUAUAUCCCGGUUAGGCAUUAUGGAAAAAGUGACAUGGCAGUUGCGCAGGGUCUAGCGACGUAUUUCCGUCGUCAGGGAUGGAAUAGUCUUGCUGAUUCGUAUCCAAAAGACCUCCAGGCUAGAUUGUGA